AUGCCGGUCGAGCUGGUGCUUCCAUCGCUCUUCCUAGAGCAAUUGCGUGAAUCUGGAGGUGCAGCCAUCGCGGAUUUACUGCUGCAAGCAGCUGAUGUAGACGACGCAGAGCUUCUGGAAACACUGGCCAGCGCUGUCUAUGAACGCAGCUGGGAGAAACUGCAUUGUGGUAGCUGGAAAGAUGUACUACCCAUGUGGCGCCAAGCUUUUGGAUUUGCGAGCUUCUUACAGGCGAAAUGUCUACUCCAACACAAGCAGCCGUUAAAAUGCCUAAAGAUGCUUGAUAUGUGUCUGAUGAUGGCCGGACCUUUUGCACCUCCUGAAUCGCCCAAGCUUAUUAAUGAAGUUGAAAAGCAGAUAAUUAAUGCUGGACAAUUAUUGAAGCCUCGGCUGGACGACGAGAUGCUGUCCAUUGGCGACGAGAUGGUAGCCCAGAGACCACAAUUACAGUUUCCGGUGCAAAGGAUGGAGAUGCCGACACUCGAAUUUUUUCGCCACCAUGUAAUGCUGCAAAAUGAACCAGUGAUUCUUACGGGCGCAAUGGAGUUCUGGCCUGCGCUCGGACGAGCCGCAGGACCCGAUCGCGCCUGGAAGAACGUGACGUACCUCCGCCGAGUCGCAGGCCUGCGAACUGUACCUGUUGAGGUGGGGUCAAGUUACAUGAGGGAUGACUGGGGACAAGAGCUCAUGACCUUGAACGAAUUCCUUGAUCGGCAUAUCAUUCCAUUAUUAGCCAAAAACAAAAGCGUUACUAGCAUCGAUGAUACAAGAUCUCACCCUUCAUUGUCAAAAAAGGUUGGGUACUUGGCGCAACAUCGCCUUUUUGAUCAGAUUCCAGCGCUGAGGCGUGACAUUAUUGUUCCUGACUACUGCACUGUGCAACGUGUUGACGAUGCUCAAGAUGAAGAGGACGACGACAUUACGAUCAAUUGUUGGUUUGGCCCCGGAGGAACUGUUUCGCCUCUGCAUUUUGACCCCAAAGACAAUUUGCUUUGUCAAGUUGUAGGUACCAAGUACGUGCGAUUGUAUGCACAAGAAGAAAGUGAGAAACUCUACCCGACUGAGGGAUUGCUGUCAAACACAAGUCAAGUUCAAGUGGAAGAUCUCGACGACGAAAAGUUUCCUCAGUUUUGUCACGCCAAAUACCUCGAGUGCGUUUUACAUGAGGGUGAGAUGCUCUACAUCCCUCUCAAGUGCUGGCACUAUGUGAAGUCUCUCUCUACCAGCUAUUCCCAAAUUCGUUGUCGGGAACACAUAGCACGAGUCGGUAACUUGAGGAGGCUGUGGUUGCGUACUAGCAAAGGCACCGAGGACAAGGCAUUGGACGACAUGUGCAUGUGGUUAAAGCAAGAAGUGCAAGACGAGUUAGUAUUGCCUGAUGAGGAGGAUAUACGCUGA